UGUGAGUCCAAUCUGUAUCAUGCUUGAAGACUCCGCAUCCCAGCAUGCAUCUUUGACCUUCAGUGGGCGGAGAUUGAAAUGACAAGCAUGGCUACCGGGAUCCUCACGAAAGUGAUCGGCGGACUCCGAUGCCCUCGCUUUACCGCAGCUGCCCUCUCUUGUAGCGGGCAAGCAUACAGCACAGCGGCUUUACCAAAGGCAAUAGUGACACCAAGUGACAUCACAAAUGACCAAGACAAACUCCUGAAUGUCCCGCUGAGCCAACCAGACUUCUUCCGGGUGUCCGAGCUCUUCAAUCUGAAGGACCUGUUUGAUGCGCGUGCUCACCUUGGUCACAAGAAGGGAUGUCGGCACAGGCUAAUGGAGCCGUACUUGUUUGGAAGCCGUCUGGAUGUGGAUGUCAUUGACCUGGAGCAGACAGUGGAACACCUGCAGCUGGCCCUCAACUUCACAGCGCAGGUGGCCUUCCGCGGGGGCGUCAUCAUGUUUGUCAGUCGGCGACGGCAGUUUGGCCACCUAGUAGAGCGCACAGCCCGAGACUGUGGUGAGUACGCUCACACGCGCUACUGGCAAGGCGGCCUGCUCACUAACGCCACCAUCCAGUAUGGCGCUGGUGUACGGCUGCCUGAUUUGGUGGUCUUUUUGUCCACACUGAACAACGUCUUCCAGCCCCACACUGCAAUACGUGAUGUGGCCAAGAUGAACAUCCCGACCGUGGGCAUCGUGGACACCAACUGCAACCCCAGUCUCAUCACGUACCCAGUCCCUGCCAACGACGACACGCCUGCCGCUAUGGAGCUCUUCUGCCGGCUGUUUAAGGUGACCAUCAACCGUGCCAAGGACAAGCGAAGGCAGCUGGAGCUGCUCAGAGGCCUGGGGCCCACUGCAGACAUGUGAACCAGACUGGUCAUAGUCAAAUAUGACCAAAAUGACUUAACUCAAUGGGGUUCUGAAGCUCUGAAACCACUGCAUCAGGAUGAGCAAACUGGCAGCAUACAACACAAACAAUAUCACUUAUGCUCGAACAACUCUACUCUGCUCAGCACACCAUUCAACACAGUACAGCCCAAGUUAAAAUUCAGUACAGACUUGCCUCACAAUAUUAUGGACUGCCUGCUAGGAGUGUAACAAAUAAUUAUGUGUCUUUGUUUAUUUGGUCAGAGAAUAAAGAGGAAUAUGUGAAGUGGAA